GAAGCCUCUGUCUCAUUUUCACACUAACCGAGCUUCAGUCCGUGUGCGGCAGCUACGGAACGGUUCCUCUCACUUCAAAACCAUGGAGGUGCCUGAGCCGAAGAAAUUCCGCCGCUCUUGCUUCUUGUCGCACCUUGCGGACUUGCCCCUCGUGAGGACGGCUGCCGCAAACCUCCAAACGUUUUACUCGGAGACAAAGGAACGCUCGCUGUUGUUCCGUGCCUGGGCCACUAUGGCCGAAUUGGUGCUGAUACUGGCGAUGUGGGGGGCCGAGAGGACGGUGGGGAAGUGGUGCCAAGCCAUCCUGCGUCAUGAAGGAGAAGCUCAACUGGCUACCGCGAUCGACACCUACGCAUGCGUGAAGCUGCAACAACUGGAGGGUAAAUUCCCAGUCCUGACUAAGUCUGCCGAUGUGGUUGCGAAGAAGACUACCCAGAAGGUGCUGUCGGUAGCAUUUAUCAUUCCUCGCUGGGUGUUGGAGACGAGGCUUGGGAAGAUCGCCAUAUUUGGGCUGGACAAAACCCUGCAGUUGUCGGUGACGGUGGCCGACCUGUUACAGCCAGAGGUGGAGACGGGAGAAGACGCAUCCGAGACCGCGGAAAACAACUCGACCAAAGUCCCACCAGCCCCGGAACCCGAAUUGACCGCUCUUGUAGCCAUAGCUGUGCGGACGACUGCCAGUUGUGCCCGUGGUCUGUUCCCUACUCUGUAUGGCUGGUUCAUUCUAACUCCACUUCUUCUCUGGGUGACCGUGCUGACCUGGACUCGCCAGGCUCUCCGCUUCAUCCGCCGCCGUCCCCGCCGUCCGUCCCGCCGCCGGAGCCACCGCCUGGCCGCCAAGUCCGACCCCGACACCAGGGCCAAGAUCAGCUCCCGCCGUCGGAUGUCGCCACGGAAGGGCAUCCCGUCCCUGACGGAGGCCCUUGCGCAGUACAUCCCGAAGAAAGCCUUCUCCAUGCUGGGGCUGACCACUCCGCCGGCCGAGAUGACCAUGCCGCUGUUCGGGACCCAGCUACCUGAACCUGGAGCAACUAACGAGCUCCGCGUCAGUCCCAACAUGGAGGAAGGGGAGAAGCGGAAACGGUCGGCAGCAGAAGACGAUGAAGACGAAAAUUUUCUGAACAUGGAUCUGAAGAACUACCGGUCUGACGACGACCCUGAUUACCCAUCGGAGUCGUCUUCCAGCACGGAUAGUUACGAGUACAUCUGCAGCGAUUCUGAGGCAGACAGCGCCGAGGAGGAGGUUGCCGAGGAGGCGGCGGCGCCAGAGGAGGGAGGAGGCGGGAAGGACUCGGGCGUGUGCUCCGCCAUCACCACGCCCACGGGGUCAAAGAGCCCCGAGUCCAAGAAGCAACAACCCAUUGACGCGCCCCACCCAGCAGAUUAUGAUACUGAGGUCAUCAAGAGCAGCAAGAUCUGUGCUGCCGAUAGUAGUCAUCCAACAGCGACUUCUGGCGAAUCGGUGUCAGUGAGCAGUGAACCAUGCAGCUCGCAGAUGACAAGGCUCCGAUCGUCUCUGCCCGAAGACUCGUCUAGAAUGACAGGCACUUAACACGAUGUUGUUGACGAGAUAUUUACAAUUUAAUGUACCGCCUUUUAAGAAUCCAUAUGAACGGUAAAGUGUGAAGAAAUGACUCUAAUCCGAAUGUAAGAUGUCGUUGAUGCAGUAUUGAAAUACUUAUGCAACGGAUGUAACAAGAUUUGGAAUGUGAAUGUAUAUUCUGUAUCGAUAAAUGACAUAAGCAUUCGAAAAUUAUUGUUUUGCAUCAAGCAAGAUUGUUAUAUAUGAUCCAUUAAAGAUUACCAAACUUGGAAACUA